AUGAAGCUCACUCUUGCCUUCCUCGCUGCUCUCGCGGCCGCUGAUGCCGCCGAGGCUCGCAGCCACCGCCAGGCUCGUCGCCAGUACGGCACCGACAACUCCUACGGAAACGGUGGCUACGGUGGCUACGGCGAGGUUGAGUCCUCCAAGACUCCCGACGCUGCCACUGCCACCUCUUCCAGCGUAGUGUCCCCUCCCUACGUCCAGACCUCCUCCCCGGCUUUCUCGACCUCCUCGUCUCCUGAUGCCGCCUCCUCCUACCCUGCCACUGGUUCUACUCCUUCUCCCGCACCUCCCGCCGGUGGUUACGGAGGCGGUUACCCCGUUGGCGGUGGCCAGGGUUCAAGCUCUUCCGUCCCCGCUGGCGCUGAGACCUCUUCCGCCGUUGUUCCCUCCGGCGGCGUCGGCAAGCCCUCCAGCUCCGCUGCUGUCUCCAGCUCGUCUGCUGCCGCGUCUAGCUCUGCCGUUGUUGCCAGCUCUUCCGCUGCUGCUUCCAGCUCGUCAGUUGCUGCUUCCAGCUCCGCUGCCGCCUCCAGCUCUGCCGUUGUCGCCAGCUCUUCUGCUGCUGCUUCCAGCUCUGCUGCCAUCUCUAGCUCUUCCGUGCCAGCUGGCGUGAGCUCUGCUUCCCCAGUUCCCUCUGCCCCCGCAGGUGGUGACUACGGAAACGGUUACCCCGUCGGUGGCGGAAAGACCUCCUCCAGCAGCGUUCCCGCUGGCGCCAAGACCAGCUCCGCUCCUGGUGUCUUCCCCUCGAGCUCUGUCGUUCCCUCCGGCGGUGUCGGCAAGCCUUCCAGCUCUGUCGUCGUCCCCUCAGGCGGCGUCAGCGCCCCAGCCAGCAGCUCCACCGCUGGUGUCUACCCUUCGGGACCUGCCGUUCCUUCCGGUGGCGUUGGAAAGCCCUCCAGCUCCGUUGUGGUCCCAUCUGGCGGCGUUGGAAAGCCUUCCAGCUCCCCAGUUCAGGCCGCUUCCUCUGGCGUCUACCCAUCCGGAGGUGCCGGUUACCCCAUUGGAACUGGUGCUAGCGUUCCUUCCAGCACCCCAGUGAGCGACAUGGUCACCAAGACCAUCUACUCCACCCAGAUCAAGUACGAGUCCAGCGCUCUCAUCACCGCUGUUGUCCCCGUCGGCACCACCGUCUGCGCUGAGUCGGAUGCCUCCAAGUACCCCGCGCCUUCCGCCCCAGUUUCCGCCCCUGGCGUUGUUACCAGCCAGGUUCCUGUUUCUGAGGUUGUCAAGACCAAGACCGAGACUUUGGUCUACACUAUUGGUGUCGGAAGCACGGCUCAUCCCGUCACCACUGAGGUCGUUUCCACCAGCACCUCGACUGCUUACUCCACCGUUGUCGUGACCAUCCGCAAGAGCAGCACUCCUGCUGGCGGCAACGGUUACCCAGUCGCUACCGCCGAGGGUGGAAAGCCUGGCUACCCCGAGGGUCCCGCUGGCCCCACUGGCACCAGCACCUUGACCUCAACUUCUACUUCCACCAAGUACAUCACCGUCAAGCCCACUCCUUCUGCAUCCGUCCCCGUCGGUGCCGAGGGAACUCCAGUUGCCCCCAUUGGUGGCGCCGGCAAGCCUACUGGCCCCGGUGGAGAGGAGUGCGAGGCCCCUGUUACCGUUACCGUCACUGCUAAGGAGACUGUCACCGUCACCGCUGGCCAGGGCAAGCCUUCUGCUCCUGCCGGUGGCGCUGGUUACCCAGUCGUCCCUGAGAACGCGUCCACUGGUUCUGCUAAGCCCUCCGUCCCUGCCGGCGGCGCUGGCACUCCCCCCAAGCCCUCUGCUCCCGCCGGUGGCAUGUACCCCAUCACCAACGGCCACCAACCCUUACCCUGCCGGCCCUACUGGCUUCAAGACAUCUGCUAAGCCUUCGCUUCCCGUAGCCUCCGGUGUCCCCAGCAGCAGCCUCCCUGCGUUCUCAUUCGUCUCCGAGGUCCCUACUGUCCCCACUGCCUCGCCCAAGACCACUCCCGCUGGUGAGACUGCUUCCACCCCGGCUGCCUCUGCCUCAACUCCCGCCUACGUCAAGCCCUCCGCUCCCGCAGGAGGCGACUACGGCUCUGGCUACCCUGUCGCUCCCGCCGCACCUAAACCCGCUUCUUCCUCUUCGGCCACCCCAGCCGGCGAGACCAAGCCCACCCCGGCUCCCGGUAACAGCUACGGCUCCGGAUACGGCACCUACUAAGCUUCUGCUUAGCAUGAGCUAAACGGCCGUCUGUAACGUGCCUUGAGCACGAAGGGUCCCUUGAUCCAUUUCUUUGCUAUGUCUAUCAAGUGUUUUAUCAUCACUGUUCGUGUCUAUGGCCAGGAGCAGAUGGCCGGGCGGUGUGUACAAAGUGUAUUUUGCCAUGUUUAAGAUAUAGGGAGGAGAAGAUGUACGCAUUUGUCAAUAUACGCUGUCUUGUUUCCAAC